CUGCGAGAGAGGCAUAAAAGGAGGCUCUUGCUGAGCCAAAUUUCCAAUCCCAUUACUUCUUCUCUUUUUUCUUCUUCCUUGGGAUAGAGGAUUCUCUCUCAUUCAAUGUUCUUGACUUUCUCUCACUUUUAGUUUUCCCAUAUCAAUCUUACCGAUCAUAUAUACACACCGUGAUAGUUUUCUGACUGUGUGUCGAAGAUGGGGGGUGACAAAGCAAUCUCGCUGGAGGAGAUCAAGAACGAGACUGUUGAUCUGGAGCGCAUUCCAAUCGACGAAGUGUUUGAGCAAUUAAAAUGUUCCAAGGAGGGUUUAUCCUCAGAAGAAGGAGCCAACAGGCUUCAGAUCUUUGGCCCCAACAAGCUGGAAGAGAAAAAGGAAAGCAAGGUACUGAAAUUUUUGGGGUUCAUGUGGAAUCCCCUGUCAUGGGUCAUGGAGGCUGCAGCUCUCAUGGCAAUUGUUCUUGCAAAUGGAGAUGGGAGGCCUCCAGAUUGGCAGGACUUUGUUGGUAUUAUUUGCUUGCUUGUUAUCAAUUCAACCAUCAGUUUCAUUGAAGAAAACAAUGCAGGAAACGCAGCUGCUGCCCUCAUGGCUGGUCUUGCUCCCAAGACAAAGGUGCUGAGAGAUGGUAAAUGGAGUGAGCAAGAUGCUGCGAUUUUAGUUCCAGGUGACAUCAUUAGCAUCAAAUUGGGAGAUAUUGUCCCAGCUGAUGCUCGCCUUCUUGAGGGUGAUCCUUUAAAGAUUGACCAAUCUGCUCUCACUGGAGAAUCACUUCCUGUGACCAAGAGUCCUGGAGAUGAAGUUUUCUCAGGUUCAACUUGCAAACAAGGUGAAAUUGAAGCUGUUGUUAUUGCAACCGGUGUCCAUACUUUCUUUGGAAAGGCAGCACAUCUUGUGGACAGCACCAACCAAGUAGGACACUUCCAAAAGGUUCUCACUGCUAUUGGAAACUUCUGUAUCUGCUCCAUCGCAGUUGGAAUGCUGAUUGAGCUUGUAGUUAUGUACCCAAUUCAGGACCGCAAAUAUAGAGAUGGAAUCGACAAUCUCCUUGUUCUCUUGAUUGGAGGUAUUCCAAUUGCUAUGCCCACUGUCUUGUCUGUGACAAUGGCUAUCGGUUCCCACAGGUUGUCUCAGCAAGGUGCCAUCACCAAGAGAAUGACUGCUAUUGAAGAAAUGGCUGGUAUGGAUGUCCUUUGCAGUGACAAGACAGGGACACUGACUCUUAACAAGCUUAGUGUUGAUAUAAACUUGAUAGAGGUGUUUGUAAAGGAUGCUGACAAACAACAUGUGAUGCUGCUUGCUGCAAGGGCAUCUAGAACUGAAAACCAGGAUGCCAUUGAUGCUGCUAUUGUUGGAAUGCUUGCUGACCCAAAAGAGGCAAGAGCUGGAGUUAGAGAGAUUCACUUUUUGCCGUUCAACCCUGUGGACAAGAGAACUGCUUUGACUUACAUUGACUCUAGUGGAAACUGGCACAGAGCAAGCAAGGGUGCCCCUGAGCAGAUAUUGAGUCUAUGCAACUGCAAAGAGGACUUCAAAAGAAAAGUUCAUGCUGUCAUUGAUAAGUUUGCUGAGCGUGGGCUUCGUUCAUUGGCUGUUUCCAGACAGGAAGUGCCUGAGAAAAGCAAGGAGAGUGCUGGAAGUGCAUGGCAAUUUGUUGGUUUAUUACCGCUUUUUGAUCCUCCUAGACAUGACAGUGCAGAAACUAUCCGCAGAGCACUUAACCUUGGUGUUAAUGUCAAGAUGAUUACAGGUGAUCAGCUUGCCAUUGCCAAAGAGACUGGUCGUAGACUUGGAAUGGGAACAAACAUGUAUCCAUCUUCUUCCUUACUUGGUCAAGACAAAGAUGCAAACAUAGCUGCAAUUCCUGUAGAAGAGUUGAUUGAGAAAGCAGAUGGAUUUGCUGGAGUGUUUCCAGAGCACAAGUACGAAAUUGUGAAGAAGUUGCAGGAGAGGAAGCACAUUUGUGGAAUGACAGGUGAUGGUGUCAAUGAUGCCCCUGCCCUAAAGAAGGCAGAUAUUGGAAUUGCUGUUGCUGAUGCUACUGAUGCUGCACGAGGUGCUUCUGACAUUGUUCUCACUGAACCUGGAUUGAGUGUCAUCAUCAGUGCAGUGUUGACAAGCAGAGCAAUUUUCCAGCGGAUGAAGAACUACACAAUCUAUGCAGUUUCGAUCACAAUUCGUAUAGUGUUCGGUUUCAUGUUCAUUGCUCUCAUAUGGAAGUUCGACUUUUCUCCAUUCAUGGUUUUGAUCAUUGCCAUAUUGAAUGAUGGGACAAUCAUGACAAUCUCAAAGGAUAGAGUGAAGCCAUCUCCAUUGCCCGAUAGCUGGAAACUCAAAGAAAUUUUUGCCACUGGAGUUGUUCUUGGAGGUUACUUGGCCUUGAUGACUGUUGUAUUCUUUUGGUUGAUAAAGGAAACUGACUUUUUCACAGACAAAUUUGGUGUGAAAUCUCUAAGGAAGAGUCCUUUUGCCGAGCAUGAAAUGAUGGCUGCUCUAUACCUGCAAGUGAGUAUUGUCAGCCAGGCGCUCAUUUUUGUAACUCGCUCACGCAGCUGGUCCUUCCUUGAACGCCCUGGAUUGCUACUGGUCGUUGCUUUCCUGAUUGCGCAGCUGGUUGCAACUUUGAUAGCUGUCUAUGCCGACUGGAAUUUUGCAAGAAUUAAAGGAAUCAGUUGGGGAUGGGCUGGAGUCAUCUGGCUUUACAGCAUUGUCUUCUAUGUGCCACUAGACAUAAUGAAGUUUGCCAUCCGUUACAUCUUAAGUGGAAAGGCUUGGAAUAACUUGCUAGACAACAAGACUGCCUUCACCACCAAGAAGGAUUACGGUAAAGAGGAAAGAGAAGCUCAAUGGGCUCUUGCUCAGAGAACCUUACAUGGACUUCAACCACCAGAAUCUAACAACAUCUUCCCUGAAAAGAGCAGCUACAGAGAACUUUCUGAGAUCGCCGAGCAGGCCAAGAGACGAGCUGAAGUUGCAAGGCUUCGUGAGCUUCACACACUAAAGGGACAUGUUGAAUCAGUGGUGAAGCUAAAGGGGCUGGACAUUGACACAAUCCAGCAGCAUUACACCGUGUGAUCAUGUUAAUCCAAUAAACAUGAACUGAGAGGACAGGGCUACAUUCAAAUGAUGUACCUUUAAAGAGAGGGAGAGAGAGAAGAAGACAGACAUACAGAUCGGCGGAAAGGCCUAGUUAGUUAAGAAUUUCUACAAAAUAUAUGGAGAGAAUCUUUGUGCCAUAUAUAACUCUCCUAAACUUGUUUACAUUUUCCCUUUUUAAUGUAUGUCAGUUGGCAGAAGAAAAUGUUUGUGUUUGGUUUCUUCUUGCUCUGAUGUUAGGGGCCAAAUAAUGUCCCAAAGUUUUUCUUUUCUUUUCUUAGUUUUUGUAAUCCUUUCCCUUUGUUUUCUAUCAUACAUGUUUGUCUUUUUGUAUCUUUACUCUUGCAACCACAAACCAUUUAACCAA